GAUUAUCGCUACGGUGAAGUCCACAGGCCCCACCUGCACUCUAGAACCUUUCCAACUUAUACCCAGCUGAUCGUGAUGUCCAGCGCAUGCGUGUUGAUCGCGAGCCGAAGGCGCGAAGUGAUGUUCUUAGAUUGCCUGAAGUAAAAAAAACUGGAGAACUAUUAAAAUACUAAGUCUUUACUUUCUUGAUGUGUAUCACGAUUAACUAAUUAAAAUGGCAUCAUCAGCCUCCGAAUAUACGAUUGGUGGUGUGAAAAUUCUUUUUCCAUGCAAGGCAUACCCAUCUCAGCUCGCCAUGAUGAAUUCAAUUGUUCGAGGUUUGAACUGCCAAAAGCACUGUCUUUUAGAGAGUCCAACUGGGAGUGGAAAGAGUCUUGCACUGCUUUGCUCUACGUUGGCCUGGCAACAAUCUCAAUAUGAGAAAGCUGGAAAUGAAAGUUAUCCGAAUGAUAAUAAGAAUCAAGAAAAAGUGCCCCUUUGCAACUGUGCCUGUCACAUAGCAAGAAUGCCUUCUGCUCCAACAGCAGCAACAAGCCAGAACAGCUCCACAGUUGUAGAAAAUGAAAAAUCCUCACCAAGUUUGAGCCAAGAUGCUACGUGUAGAUCUAGGAAUACCUUAGCCUCCAAAUUGCAGGCCAUGAUGAAAACACCUUUAAGUGAGGGUGAUGAUGAUUUUCAAACAGAGAGGAAACGGACCCGUAUGCCUUUAAAUGACCCACAGGCUCGAAAGCGGAAAUGUAUUGAGAAGGGAGUAUGUUAUAUUGAUGAUAAAACUAUUUCGGUUGAAGACAAUGAUGUAUCAUGGUCAUGCAAAAUGAACUCGAAUUCUGAGGCCCAGCAUGUUCUGCCUGUCCAAGAAGUAUUGGUGCAUAGCCCCUGUACCCUGUGUACUUGCAGUAAUUCAAAGACAAGUGGAAAAGAUGAAGAUGGUGCAAAAGGAAAGAAUGGGAAAACACAAGUCCCAAAGAUAUUUUUUGGGACUCGCACGCACAAACAAAUAACACAAAUCACCCAUGAACUGCGGCGUACAAAUUACUCAUAUGUUCGGAUGACUAUCCUGUCCAGCAGAGAUCACACCUGUGUUCACCCCGAGGUCUCAAGUAGCUACAACAGGAAUGAGAAAUGCAAGGAUCUGCUAGAAGGAAAAGAUGGAAGAUCGUGCCGUUUUUAUCAGGGUAUCCACAGAAUGAAUGAACAGAACACUUUACAGUGGGUUCAUGGUAUGCAUUUGGCUUGGGACAUUGAAGAGUUGGUGAGCCUUGGAAAGAAGCUUCGUUCAUGUGCAUACUUUGUAGCACGUGAGUUGAUGCAAGAGGCAGACAUUGUAUUUUGCCCAUACAAUUAUCUAAUGGACCCACAGAUAAGGGAGAGUAUGAAGAUUAACUUGAAGGACCAAAUUGUUAUCUUUGAUGAAGCGCAUAAUAUCGAAGACUGCGCACGGGAAUCAUCUAGCUUUAGUGUCAUGGAAAGCCAGCUAUUGUUUGCUCGAGAAGAACUGGAUAGCAUGGUCAACCAAAACAUCAGGAGAAGUGAUCACGAGGCAUUGCGUACAGUCUGCUAUAGUUUUACUAACUGGCUAAAGGAGAGUUCUGGCAAUCUGGUGGAGAAGGAAUAUGAAACUUCCUGCAGGGUCUGGAAUGGAAAGGAAAUGCUAAACAUUUUUCAUAAUUGGGGAUUAACCAGUGCCACGUUUACCAUUUUACAGAAACACCUGGAUGCUGUGCUAGAGAAAGAAGAGAAGGUACUUGUGCUGAAUGGACAGCAGGAGUCCGUAACAGUCCCAACCGUAAGUGCUUCAACACAGAUGGUGCUGAAAGGACUUUUCAUGGUGCUUGAUUUUCUCUUCAGGGACAGCAGCAGAUUUGCAGAUGACUAUAGGGUGGCAGUGCAGCAGACUUACACAUGGACCAACCAGCCUGAUAUUCCCGAUGAAAAUGGUUUCUUUGCACGCCCUCGAAACAGGAAAAGUUCACGCAAAAAGGCAGCUGUACUGACCUUGAGCUUUUGGUGUUUAAAUCCAGCAGUGGCUUUUUCGGAUCUUAAUUGCGUGAGGACAAUUGUCCUAACGUCUGGUACAUUGUCCCCAAUGGAGUCAUUCUCUUCGGAGCUGGGCGUUAAGUUCAGUAUCCAGCUGGAGGCUAAUCAUGUUAUUGACAACUCUCAGGUAUGGGUAGGAACAAUUGGAACAGGACCAAAUGGGCGAAAACUCUGUGCCACUUUCCAACACACAGAGACGUUUGAAUUUCAGGAUGAAGUAGGAGGUUUGCUGCUGAAGAUUUGUCAAGCUGUCACUCAGGGAGUACUCUGCUUUCUACCUUCUUACAAGAUGUUGGACAAGCUACAAAGUCGCUGGAUGCUCACAGGAUUGUGGGAUAAACUGGAGGAGGUCAAAGCCGUUGUUGUUGAGGCGAAAGGAGGUGAUAAAAGUGACUUUGAUGGAUUGCUGCAGUCCUACUAUAAUGUUAUAAAGGACAGAGGAAGCAAAGGUGGAGCUCUCUUGGUAGCUGUUUGCAGGGGAAAAGUCAGUGAAGGGCUUGAUUUCACUGAUGAUAAUGCCCGUGCAGUGGUUACAAUAGGCAUCCCUUUUCCAAAUGUCAGAGACCUCCAGGUUGAACUGAAACGGAAAUAUAAUGAUCAGCACUCAAGGACACGUGGCUUGCUUCCUGGUAGUCAGUGGUAUGAAAUUCAGGCAUUUCGAGCACUGAAUCAAGCCCUAGGCAGGUGUAUUCGACAUAGGAAUGACUGGGGAGCACUGAUCCUAGUUGAUGACAGAUUUAGAAGUAAUGCCAAAAAGUAUAUAUCUGGUCUGUCAAAGUGGAUCCGUCAACAAAUCCAACACCAUCCGAACUUCAACAGUGCAUUAGAUUCAUUGUGUAUGUUUUCCAGUGUUCACCAGAAGGGUGUUGAUCAUUUACCCAAGGUCCUCAGUACAGUACCUGCACACAUCGAGAACAAGGGUCAUCAGUCACAGAUUGUCAGCACACAGGUCUUCUUGGAAAAUGGUAUUCGGAUGUGCAACCCACCUGAUGUUAUCCCAGCAAGCCAGAAGACUAAUCCUAGUGCCAUUCCUACAUCUCCCUACUGUGAUACCAGUAAAAUGAGCACUACAGAAGUACCUGAUAAUAAGGAAGUUAAUUCUACAACCAUAAUUGCCAAGACUCCACUCUUCAGAAAUGCCAGUAUAAAAGAGAAAAAAUGUAGAAAUGGUGAUUCAAAAAACGAGUCAGGAUCUAUCAUGCAGUAUUUCAAAAAAAAGCCUCUGACUUCAACACCUACGCGAACAAUAUCAGCAGAGUCACAUUUUCCAUCUAUCAUGUUGGUGCAAGAUCAUCAUUAUAAGAACAUGAUGUGUAAUUCUGUUAGACAGACACAACAGAAAACAGAAAUAACUACAUUUCAGUUUGAGAGCAUGUUACAGAAAAAUACUACUACAUCAAUAAACAUCAGAGAGGAUUUAUUGAAUACAGUAAAACGUGAGUUACAGGAUAAUAGAGAAAACCAAACAGCUUAUGACAGUGCAGGAAAUUCUUAUAACAGCUCCAUGGUUGUAUCACCCUCCUCAGUUGUGGGGUUGCUGAGUGAGGAUGAGGCAGAGGUGAUGGGAAUACCAUCCUCAGUUGGCACUGAUAUGCAGCAGCCUACAGAGGAGCAAGAUGAUGUUAAGGAGGAUGAGACAUGGUUUUUUACCCCUGAGCUUUUUGACAAGGAUCCAGAGGAAGAAUGUUUAGAAACACCAAGGGUGGAUAAUUCACCAGAUGUUGCCAAAGCUGAUGAUAUCAGUGAUUUUGCUGCUGCACCUGAGAACAAAGGAGCUGAAUGUGUGGAAAUGCUUCAAAGUAUAAAUGGAGGACCCAGCUACUUUGAUGAGCUGACAAAACCUAAUGAAAAUUAUAUAACGUACUCAGUUUUUGAACGGAAGGAAGAUAAUCCCACUAGUUUGUGCUCCAACUUGGUAGCAAAAGACAAAUGUGUGCCUAAAUUAGCUAUACUGAUAGAUGAUAAGGAGGAUGCCAGCAUAAGACAUCAGCACGUUGAUGAGCUGACAAAAACUGACAAAGUAGCGAAGAACAGAAAUCAUAGGCUGUCCCGAUCUAGAAAUAAAGGUACAAAUUUAAUAACUGACAAUGUAUGUACACAACAUCUAAGUUUCCCUGCAGACAAUAACUAAUAUGAAACGGAUAUCUGUCCCAUUGUAUCAUGUUGACUCAUUCUGAUUUAAGAAUAUGUGUUUAUCAACCAAGCCAAGCUAAUUAAUAUAAUCUCUUGUUCUGUAAGUUUUCUUUUUAGGUUUUGUUUAAGAUGAAGCAUAUUUAUGUAGGGGAAUAGAACAUACUGUGCAACUUCUGUCAGAUAUAUAACGGGGGUGGGGAUGGAUUCCUCCACUUAGUCUUAGCAAUAUGCUUCAGUUGCAACCUCUGAAGUUUUUUUUCUACUGCACCAGCAUUUUAAACUUUUUGUUUCCUACAUAGUAUGCACCCCGCUAUUUAAAAAAGCCAAUUAACCCCAAAUUCGGUGUGAUUUUGUGCUAUGGACCAAUGCCAGCUAUGAACUGAGAUUUCCGUAACUCAUUUCAUGUAGCAUCUGCGAAGGUACUAAACAAAAGGAUUAGGUAAUGACGCUGGUAAAUCCAAGUCAUGUAAGAACAAUAGAUUUGAGUACCUUUAAAUGAAAAUUAAUCAAAGCAGAAUUACAUUGGGUUCUAUUAUACUUUUAUUACAAUGUGUUGUUAGGUCAGUCAAUAAGUUGGCAUCCCAAUGUGCUAAAGACAUCUGGUGGCAGUUAUAUGUAAUUGUGCAAAGCACAUUUACUGAGAGAUUUUAUUAAUAAUGUUCACCUCUGGACUAGAGAUUCAGGAAUUUGAUCUUCAAACAACCAUUGACCAAAAUAGGAAACCAAAGAUUCAUUAUUAUAUGCGAUUAGAUCAAAAAAAUCAAGUAACCAUUAUCUUGUACACUACAGUGAAUGGAAAUAUCUUUAUGCAAUGAUAAUGUUUGUUCUUAAACAAUCGUAUCAAAUAGCCUUCUAAGAUAAAAACUAUUGGCAGUGAAUAUUGAGAAUUAUUGGCGAGGCAGUAGUUUUGUAGUUACAUUUUUGAACAGUUUUUUAGUUAACCCUGCAUUGCUGUCAAUUUGUGCAAUUUCAUCUGGCACUUUGAGGAAAUUCUUUUGCAGAACUGCUGUGACAUCGGAGUCUAUGGUUCUAGCUGCAAUUCUUGAAAGGCUGAGUGUGUUGUCUUGGAAAAACCUACUUUUGUGUCUGCUACUUAUUAAAUUGAUUUUUAAAUAAUAAAAUGUGAUAAUUAGAAAGCAAAAAUCAUAGUGAACCCAGCAUUGCACCCUGUACCAUGCAAUCUGGUCCCUUUAGUAUCUGUCUUAAAGGCAAAGGAGUAGAAAUUCAUCAUCUGUGGUGGCACAAAACAGAUAGUAUUGGAUUGGCUGACUGAUUGCAGUCAAUAGAACUAAGCAGUGUGUAAUUAGCAGUCAAACCAAUGCCUCCCAGUUUAUGGCACUGCCCAAGACAACUUUCUACCUCACAGAGUGCUUCUUGUUCAUAUUUCACUGUAUAGUUUUGCAAAAUAAUCUCUCAGCUGUGUUAGGUAUAAUUUCUGUUAGUGGGUUGGAUCUAAUUUGUUCCCAAUAAGAACAUAUCUCUGGCUGCACCCAAUCUGAAAAGUAGAUUGCCAGGGUACCAAAUAAUGAGAGUGUAAAAAGGGAUAAGAACCUGCCUAUAGAUCAUCCUUCUCCUUUAGGAGUAUAGCUUGGAGAUCUGGAAAAGCUGCUUUUCACAAUGAAGUAACUGGCACAUUUGUAUCAGAAGCUGUAAAUUUAAUUCUGUUUGUAAAACUAAAAUGAUUAAAUUGGUCAUUAAAGAAAAUUGUUAAACCUAUUUUUUAACUGUGUGUGAGAAUCGUACCUUGUGUUUUUAAAAUGUUUAUUGAUUUAAUGUUUUAGUUACUAUAAUGAAUGUAAAAAUAGAUAAAAUUUUCUCAGGAGGGAUUUCUUGAGAUUAAAUUUCAUAUCUGGAAUUCAUUGUCUAAAUGGCCUAUGUAUUAUAUUUUUGGCUUAGGAUAUCGUGAAAUAUGUUAAAGAGUAAUCUCCGGAUGUAUUAAUCAUAUAGUUAGUGUAAUGUGAGGAAAAUCUCUUUCGAGUUGGUAGCUCUUCAUAUUAAUAAACAUUUGGCAAAGUGACAGUUCUCAGUUGACUUUGCUGAUUUUUGCUGCAUUACCCCUGGAGCAAUGAUAUUAGAACAUUUUAUGCAUCAAAUCUCUAGUGAUUUGUUUCUUAAGGGCAAGGUUCUGCCUUCUUUUAAAUUUUUUUUUCUUUUCCUUUUCUUGAUUUUCCCACACCAUGCAGAAAGCUCAUCAAGAAAGUGAUAUUUCCACACCCCUUUCCCAAUUUUGCUCUGAAACCACCAGGAAGCGUGAGAGAUGGGCCCAUAGAUGAAUCUGACUCCAAUUUUUCCUUCCUUUCUUUGUAGGAACACCUACCCUUUGUUUCGAACCUCAGCAUAGCUAAGAUAAUGGAUUUAUUAGGAGUCAUGGGGUUGAGCUUAAAGCCCAUAGCUCUAAGCCACAAUACAUUGAAGCCCCAAUAGGCUAUUUCACACGCUUACUAUUUAAAAUUUCAGCACCCAUGAAAAAAUGUAUUAUACUAUUUAUAAAUGUUACUAUCGGAGACCAUAAUAUCAAGUUUUGAUAAAAUUAGUUAUUUAUACUAAUAUAAAUCUGCCUGGUUAUACAUGCUACUAUGAUAUUUUUUGCUAUGGUUAUACCUUUCACAUCUGUUACCCCAAGUCGCUUCUCCACGACUGAAUUUUUGACUACUCCGCACUUUGAAGAAAAAGUGGGAAUAAGCAGUAGGCACUUGACUUUAAGAUGAACCCGUGCUUUGAAUUUACUGUGCUACAUUGCAAAAAUUGAUCAGGAAAACUUUUGAUUUAUGCUUUCUUGUAAUAUCAUUUAUUUUGACAAAAUUCUGAUUUGACUAUAAUGGGGAAGGAAUCUGCUAGAAUUUUUUUAAAGCACAUGAGAGUUGGAAGAAAAAUUCUGUACUAUCCUCCAUAAAUAAAUGAAAUUUAAAUUUAUUUUACUAGACUGAGCUACAGAUCUAUUAAAACUAUUAACACCAUAGAACUAUACAACAUAGAAGGAACCCAUUUGGUGAAUUGUAAGAGCUCUCACUUAAUCUCUCUCCCCAGCCCAUAGUCUUGCAAAAAGUUUCCUUUUCAAAUAUAUGUUCAAUCCCUUUUCAAAGUUAUUAUUGAAUCUAUUUUCACUACCCUUUCAGGCAAUGCAUUUCAGAACACCAUAACUCACUUUUUUAAAGAAAUUCUCUCCACUUUCCUCUGGUUCUCUUACCACAUCUUAAAAUAGCACUAAGUGCCACAUGUGUUGCAAAUUGAAAUGUUACUUUGAAAGUUUAUGUAAACUAUUUAAUAUUGUUUGACAUUUUGAAGUCUGUAACUUGUAUGUAAUUUGCUAGGUUGUAGUGCUUUAUUCUGCAGAAACUAUUGUGCACGAGCACUUCCGCUCAGCUUUCCCAUAGUUUUAAGUUAGAUUCAGCAUUUUGUUCAGUGUUUUAUUUAGUGGAUUUUUAAUAAGCUGAAAUUGCAACCAGUAUUGAUACAUUGUUCUCUUCAUUUGGCUUGUGACAAGAUAUUAAAUAAUAAAAUCUUCUUAAUAUUAUGUGUUGCACUUAAAA